AAAAAAAAAUCAAACCAAGUUAUAAGUUGAAUGAGAUCAUCAACUUUUUAAUAAUAUUAACAUGAAUUAAUUUGUAGUAGUUGAGUAUAUGUACAUAUGUGUACACAUACAAUCUGCCAACAAUGAAACACAUUUAAUAAAAAAAUACUUUGAAUUACUAAGUUUAAUAGAUAAACAUCCACGCCUGCAUUAUAAUAUUACCGUGUCUAUCAAUUAAUUAAAAAUAAUUUAAAAUGAGAGUUCAUCGUUCUGAUCGACGGGACCUAGUAUCAUAGUGAUUGCCGACAGUCUGGCAACAGUGAUUCAAUAAGUCAUCCCGUUACUUGCAAUAUGAGUAAAAUCGGAUGUUUAUUUGCUUCUGUCGCGACAUCUGCUAGUGCAUUAAGCCCAACACAGCUGACACAAUCAGUCAGUUGUCAAUCACACGAUCAACCACGAACGCAUAAAUCGCCUAAUCGCCACCAUACAAUCAACUUUAAACGCACGCCAAAGACAAAUACUGCAGACCCAAAGAUUCAUAACAAUUAUCGGAAUGCGCAUGUGGUUGUUAAGGAUCCCAUUUUCAAAACGGAUCGUUGCCUAGAAAAUGCACUUAAUUGUGAAGACAAAUAUUCGCAAAUCUUUGAAACAUAUUUUAAAACUGUUCAAAAAGACAUUACCCCACCUAUGCGUAAAAUUGUUGCCGAUUGGAUGAUGGAGGUGUGUACAGAGGAAAAGUGCCAAGAGGAGGUCAUUUUGUUAGCGUUAAGCUACAUGGAUCGUUUUCUAUGUUCGAAAUCAGUUCGAAAAACGCAUCUACAAAUCUUGGCUGCAGCCUGCUUACUGCUGGCUUCUAAGCUACGUGAGCCCAAUUGUUAUGCGUUAUCUGCAGAGCUCUUAGUCUUCUACACUGACAACAGCAUAAACAAAGAUGAUUUAAUAAAAUGGGAGCUAUUCGUGUUGAGCCAUCUGGGCUGGAAUCUCUCUUCAGUGACACCUCUAGAUUUUCUGGAGCUCUUGAUCGUACGUCUGCCUGUAAAAAGUAAAAACUUUAGUGAUAUGAACAUCGAGAAAGUGCGCCAACACGCACAGACAUUCAUUUCGUUAGCCGCCAAAGAACACAAGUUUGCUAAGUACACUGCAAGUACAAUUGCGGCUUCAAGUAUUGCCGCAUCAGUCACUGAACUUCAAUGGGAUCUAAGUACUGAUCAGAACAUUAAUUUUUUGCUGAACCUUCUAACUGAUCUAACUAGUGUGGAGCAGGAUGAACUACAGCAGUGUAUGAUGCAAAUGGAAGCCAUAUUUAAAGAACACAGUCAGAACUUGCAACCGUAUAUUGUUUCCAUUCAGAAGCCUCAAACAUUAAAAGGAUAUUAUAAUAAUCGAUAUUCAUAUCAACAGAGCCAGUAUCAGAAGUCCGUAAUGCCAGUUUUGCCAAAUCGCUUUCAGACGUGCAAAAUGCAGGCAAAAUCGACAAAAGAGUUACAAGAAAUCGAGUUUUGAACAUUUUGGCUAAAUAAUUUCUGCUUACAAGGGUUGGCUGUUGCACAUGUGCAUGCUACCAGCUAAUUAAAAAGGUUGCCAACGUACCCGCCUUAAUCCUUAAUAUAAGAUAUAUGACGCAUAUGCUUAUGUGUACAAGUUAUAUUUUUUUUGUAGGCCAACUAGGGCAUACUUAAUUAAUAAAUAAGACUAUAAUUAAUACUUUAUUAUUAAUAUUUUCGACUUGUACAGAUUUAUACAUACAUCUAAACAAACAAUUGUAUGUAAAUGAAUUAUGUAUAUUGAAGCUAAAUACGUGUUUUAAAUAAUAAAAAGAAAAG